AUGUCGAACGUUUUCCAGAGAGUGUUUCUCUCUAGGAGGCCUGCAGGUUCUAGGGUGGCGGAUCUUGAAACAAGCCUGGAUCCAUCUUUGACACUAAGAAAACUGCGAAAUUAUACAUUAUCAACUGCGGACGCUUGUCACUAUGGGUUUCUUGGAAGUGUUCUCCUUUUUGUUUUUGUCAUGAACCCGGCUGCUUGGAUUGCCAAGAUUGCCGUAUACUUAGUUUUUGGUGUUCUCUUUAUGCUUCCUGCCACUUCGCAAUUUUUUUUCAACGCACUACCAAUAUUUACAUGGCUUGCACUUUAUUUCACAUCUUCGUCGUUUUCCGCCGAACACCGGCCUCCAAUAACUGUUCAAGUACUACCCGCCAUAGAAACCAUCCUAUAUGGUGACAAUCUGAGUGAUAUAUUGGCCGCUUCCCUCAACAAACCUUUGGACUUCCUAGCUUGGAUUCCAUACGGUCUCUUCCACUUUGGCGCACCAUUUGUCGUAGCUAUCAUUUUGUUUCUAUGUGGCCCACCCACAAUAUUAAGAGGUUACGCGUUUGCGUUUGGAUACAUGAACCUUUUUGGUGUAAUGUCGCAAAAUUUAUUUCCUGCAGCACCUCCUUGGUACAAAAUCCUCUACGGCCUGAGUCCUGCAAACUACGCCAUGAAAGGAUCCCCAGGAGGACUCGGUAGGAUUGACCAGUACCUGGGUAUAUCCCUUUAUACCGAUGGGUUUUCUAAUUCCGCUGUCAUCUUCGGCGCGUUACCUUCAUUGCAUUCUGGGUGUUCGACUAUGGAAGCUCUGUUUUUCUCAUACGUUUUCCCAAAAUUGACGCCACUAUUCAUUUUCUAUGUGUGUUGGUUGUGGUGGUCCACCAUGUACCUGACGCACCACUACUUCGUGGAUCUUAUAGCUGGCUCCGUGUUGUCCUAUGCUAUAUUUCAAUACACUAAAUAUUUCCACUUACCCCUCACGGAGCCUUCAGAGUAUUCUCGUUGGUCUUAUGCAGAAGUGAAGAAAUUUAGUGUAUGGCUUGCUGAUCCAUUGAACACUGAUGCUAAUGACAUUGAGAACAUUGUAGUUCCCGCACGUGCGGAUAUGGAGUUGGAGUUGAACUCAAUGGAGAACAGUGAGCCUCCUUCAAUUUUUGACCACGAUAGGUCUGUGUCGCGAUCAUCAGCUACCUCAAAUACCUCUGUCGAAGCUCAAAGUGAAGCAGUUCCUUCAUCACGGCCCGCGAAACACAGAAUCGAUUGA